AUGGCGGCAGGUCUACUCUCGCUGAUCGGAGGAGCCCGGCGGGCAUUGACCGGCAGCGCGCGCGCGUCGGAGCUGUUCCCGCAGACGCGGCCGGAUGUCGACGGCGAGGCGUGCAAGCACGACUGCGAUAGCUGCACCGUUAAGUACCCGCGGCACUUCAAGGUCGAGGAGUCGCACCCGCUGUACGGCAACAUUAAGCCCUGGAGCACGCAUGUCAUUGUCGCGACUAGCAAGUCGGAUUGGAAGAGGGAUGUUGAGGAUGAGAGGGGCAGUGUUAUGGAGGCGUUUGGGCAUGCUAGUAAACCGGGUAAUGGGCGCCUGAUGCUUUCCGCCUCUAAUAUGCCCACAUCGACGCAUCAGGCUGAUUAUUCACAACCCACAUCGAUUCUGGUUCUCCCCGCCUUCACUAUCAUUGACAAUGUGACGCCACCCGCCGUCCCAUCUCUCGUUAAUAAAUACAUCUCGCGCGCGCCCACAACCUCAGACCCCCUGGACCCGCUAUCCCUCCCCAAAACCAUCCCGUCUUCCCGUUCCGCGUCGGCGACAUGCACGCGCGCCCGUGCCCCCACCGCGCCGUCGUUCUCCUGUGCUCGCACCGCACGCGCGAUGCCCGUUGCGCGCGAUCUCGAUGACGAAAGACCCGGGGGUGUAGGAAUUUACUUCGUCAACCAUGUCGGCGGCCACAAAUACUCAGCCAACGUCCUAAUUUACCGCCGUCCAGACGCCUUCGGCCUCGACAAGGUAGAUCGAGGAAAGCUGCCCCCGGGCCAGGAGCCGCAGGUCAAGGCCGUGAAGCCGGCGCCUGCGGAAGACGGAGAGGACGCUGGAGAACCGGAUGUAGGAGCCGGCCAGUGUAUCUGGCUUGCGCGGGUGCGUCCCGAGGACUGCGAGAACUUGGUCCGGUAUACGAUUCUGCAGGGCAAGGUUGUCAAGCCGGAUAAGCAGCUGCGGGGUGGGUUUGAUCGGAGUACGGGGAUGAUAAGCUGGUAG